AUGGCACCAGCAGCCCAACUAUCCAAGGCCGAUCUCAAACUCUUUCUACAGCAACUACAAACAAGCUCCACCGACGUAGCGCAAUGGAAUUCAAUGAUGCGCAUAUCGCUCGUCCGUGGAGGACUCAUCGACCUCACCAUUUACGGCCGCCGUAUAGCAUCAACUCCCCGCUUCGCCUUGAUGGCUGUCUUCCCAACCCUUCUCGCAUUUUUGACGGAGCACCUCCGUGCACCCGCCGUAAACUUCAAAUUCGAUGUACCCAAGGCGCACAAGCGGGGAGAAGCAUUCCAAUCGCAGCUCACUUCAGCAAAGGAGAAGAUGUCCGAUGUGCAAAUCAAGAUCCACGAAGCAGCGCUCAUUGAGAUUGCACAGUGGCUCACCGCACUGUGCACCCCGCACUCAAAUACUCUAACAGGUGCUUCACUGGCUAUCGAGACGUGUAUCCGCUUCAUCUGUGCGAACAUACUCGGCUCUCCAGAGUACGUGCAGCACUUGACCAACAAAUUCGUGGAGCAGUCUGCCAGGUCUGCACUCACUGCGACUGGAAUGACUGAGCUCGUCAAGUCCUGUCGCGGUGAGGAAGACGCCUUACUGGUCGGCCUAGCCUCUGAGCUGAUUCAGAAGAAGCUCGACAACCAAAUCAAUCCGAACGACCUACGCGGAUUUAUGGCAGCGGAUGGGAAUCAACUCCUCAAACUGAAAGUCGAGAGCUUGGAAAAAGAUAUGGAGCUUGGACAUUUCGAGACUAUACAAAAGAGUGGCAAGACCGACAACACCAUUUUGGGAUUUGAGGAUGAUAGUAAGGCGGCAAACAACCGCGUCCGCAGCAAGAAAAGCAAGUCUAGGGUUUACGAGGUUACAGGUGGUAUUGAGGUGGAUGGUGAUGAUCAGGUCGUCGAGAUUGAUGUAGAUGGUUGGGAGAUGUUCCCCAGUGGCAAUGAGAGCAGUUCGUCGGCAAAGAAGCAGAAGAUCAAUCACAAGCGUGCCGCUAGCGAUUAUAACGUUGCUGAGUUGGUCUAG